AUGCCCUCUGUGCAAAAGUCUUACUGUGCAAAUGGAUCACUGUGCCCGAGUCGUGUCACCAGGAAGGGGGAAGAGGACAGAAUAAUAUACCGUAAAAUUUUAAUUAAAGGGACUAUUGAAAAUGGUACUAGAGAGGUCACUCCAUUUUAUGUUUUUUAUUAUAAUAUUGAGGCAAAUAUUCAAAAUAAACUUCAACAAGGAAUUGUUAAUCCCUUUUUAAUUGCUGAGAUUAGAGAAGAAAAUAAAAAACCAGAAUCAAGAGAAUAUGAAGAGGAUACUACAUUUUUAAAAGCUGAAGAGGGUAAAGAUGUUCCUCCACAAUUACGUGACGGAAUUAUGAAAAAAGUAAAUUAA